AUGCCGUCAAAAGCAGAACGUUUCAUGUGUCUUCGGUGUCGAGCAUCAGGACACAUUGUUGCCGACUGCACGACAUCACGGGCAAGUCCAAAUGCAUCAGUCAGAGAGCAGGUAUCAGGCAAGAAGCUUCCCUGGUGGAGACCUACCAGCAAGAAGUCAAAAUUAUGCAAAAGGUGCAGAGCAAUCGGGCUUUCCUGGUCAGCAGUAGGCAAAGGACGACCGUGGGCUGCCGGCAUGGAACAACGGGAUAAGGUUUGCGCAAAUCUUGGACCGGCGGAAGGGGCUGUCUUUCAAAAACAUUGCCCAUUAUGCGUCCUGCUUUUCGAAAUAACACCGAAUCCUGUGGAGCAUCAGGAAAAAGAUCUCGUCGUCAUAAUGGCAUUUACUCUCAAUCGAAUUGGCAAAUCUCGAUUUACACCUACAGUUCUGGAGCAAAAUGAUAUGAAAUGGACUGAAUGCUUGUAUACUACUAUUCAGGUAUAUACAAUAGAUCCCGCACUCUGCAGCCGUGCGCAAAAUGCCAUUAGCCGCAUUCACAAUGGCCAGACAUCACAAUCGAAGAUACUGGGUGGACAGGUUGUCCCCGAGGAAGGGGUCAACUUUGACCUCAUCAAGAGCUGGCUCAGUCGGUGUGAGAAGCAUCACGGACAACGCUGCGCACCUGAGCGGAACGAUGCACUUAGAAACAUACGCCUAAUCGAUGUGGACAUGCGGCAGGUAGUAAGUUAUCCUGAUAAUGGCUAUUGUAGCUACUUGGCUCUUAGCUACAUGUGGGGAAAUACUACCCAGCCAAGUUACAAUCUGGGCGCAGACAUUGGCCAAGUUCCCCCAACAAUUGAGGAUGCUAUUACCGUGACAAAACGACUUGGUGAACGGUUCCUUUGGGUAGACAGCAUCUGCAUCAAUCAAACAAGCGGCUCCCACAAACAGAGCCAGAUCAAUAUAAUGUCCAGUAUCUACGGUGGUGCUCGUACCACCCUUGUGGCGUUGUCUAGGAGUGAUGCAGAUUUUGGGCUUUGCAGAGUCCAGGUCAGUGGUAUAAAUUCGACGCAUGCUGAGGAUGAAAAACAUCACCAAAGCAGGUGCCGACAAGUACUGAGAAGCAUUAAUGACGAAGAAUAUGUUACAGUUCUCCCCACGCUUGACCAGCAGAUCCAUAAGUCUCGUUGGCGAUACAGAGGCUGGACUUUACAGGAAGCCCUGCUUUCUCCUCGAUGCUUGUUUUUCAGCUGUGAUCAAGUAUACUUUCAAUGCAAUAUCAUUCAAUGUUGUGAGUCGCUCGAUGACUCUGACAACCCUAUUUUUCCUAUUAAGGGAGAUUCGCAAGCUUCCAAAGUAGUCUCUGAGGGAGGUUCAAUGGUAUUUACGCUUAUGACGGAUUAUCCUACUGGAUCCUUUAUAAAUCCAUUCAAUGCGCCAGAAAAAGAAGACGGAAGUGUGACGGCCAACGUUAAGCUAUUUGAUCAGACAUAUCUUUAUGAUUCUCUUUUAGAGCAAUAUUCUGGUCGAGACCUGAGCCAUGACUCCGAUGCCAUUGAAGCAUUUGGCGCCAUACUUCAGAAGUUCCGACAAAAGUCGGGCUCGGAGAUUUUCUAUGGCAUUCCUAUAGCCAUCAUGCCUUGGGCUCUUAUGUGGCAGGAAGAAAGCUAUUGCAAUCGUCGUCGACAAGAGUUUCCAAGCUGGUCCUGGGCUGGAUGGCAGGGCCCAUUAUUGCACGGUCUCUGUGGCCUCGAAAAACAUGGAGUGGACAAUCCGCAGCCGGUGGUGCAUAUCUGGAAGAUUCAAGACCAACAACCCGUCAAGCUUUUCUCGCCAGAGGCGUCAAAGUUGGAGAGCUAUGACUUCCGAAGCUGGAACUUCGUCUUGUCGGACAUGUGGAAGCUUCCAGCGAGGACCGACGAUGUCGACUUGACGCAAUUCCCGGACGCCGAAAAACGGGGUCUCCUUCUCAUCGACGGCAUCAUACUCCAACUACCCCUUCUUUGGUCACCCCCGCAACGCAACCGACACGGUUUGCCAAAAUGGGAGUCCUACACACACAUCAAAGUUCACUUUGGCAACAGUAGGUAUCCAAGACUAUCACCGGAGGAAAGCGAGCUUGGAAAGCUUAAGGACAUGGUCGGGCAAAGGCAGGAUUUCCUUGUAAUGCUUGGUGUAGAUAUUGCCGAUCAUCCAGCGUGGAGAAGCAGUGCACUCUUUCUAACACUAAUCCUGCUACGUUGGGAAGGCAAUGUUGCGUGUCGUAUGGCCGUGAUGUAUGUUCGUAUUGAUGGAGAUCUCAAGAACGACAUCAAGGAUUUUAAUCCCCAGCGGAGGCGUAUUAUGCUAGGAUAA